AUGGCAGAAAGUUUUCAUUCUCAAGGUCUACCGAUUUUGCUGGUGGCGCCAGUGGCACCCCUAGCUAUCGAGCUGAAGACUCUCAGAAGCGCGCUUCAAGGCUUGGAUAUCCCCAUGAGUUUCACUCUAAUAUCGGGAGACCGAAUAGAUUCAGAAAAAUGUGUUUUUGUGGUGUUGGAGUUUUCAACCUUUGAUCAUGGUGUGUCAAACCCCCAACCUCUUCUGCUGUUCGUCGGACGGUCGGUAAUUGAAUCACUCACAGCCGAAGACGCCCUAAAUGUAUUGAAUAUGUCUUCCCAGAAAAGCGGGCGCAGUGUCGGUCCACCUAGAGAUGACACCAGUGUAUCUCCUCCGUUUAUCGCUGGCAUUCCACUGGUUUUGAAAUCUCUAUCGGAGUCUUACACGGAUGCCAUGCUGCAGGACCUGAUAUGUCCCUUUGGAUCAGUCAUAUAUGCUCGUAUUUCUGAGAACCUUGGUGGAGUCGUUCUAUUCCGGACGAAAAACGAGGCAAUGGAUGCUCAAAAAAAUGCGGGUCAAGCACAGAUAUUGCUUGAAGAGUUGGAUUACUCAAAUUGUUGGCAAUUGAUUGGCGAAACGACCGCUGAUGAUGACGAACCGUUCCAAGUCAUUGACGACCUUGACACCCGCGAUAUCAUCCUUUUCAAAGAUGUGCCAUCAACACGGUCAAAACUUACCGAUUUGAUGCUUUCCUUAGCCCGUCGUUUUAUCAGCAACGCCCCGCAGGCGAUUUCUGGUAUCAUCUUACCAACCAAGUUCUCAUUCAGGCCCAGCCAACCAGAACGAACAAAUGGGUCUGAGACGACGAUUGAAACCAGAUGCUCCGAUUUAGAGGCUACGAUUCGCGAACUACGAGAUGAGAUUUCUGGGAUCCGACGAGCCACAGAGAAUAAACUCGCAAUCGGAAACCAGCAAAUAUACAACCUCAGCAGUUCACAAUCCGAGAAUCAACAACGCGGUAAACAUUUUAUGCCGGUACAGCUUUCAAAACUAUCCACAGACAACGCCCUAAGGAUGCAACACUCGGUAAUGGAACAAAUACUCGAGCUGCUAGUUGAUCUCGGUGCGGAUGAGAGCAACUCGAGACUGGAAUCCUUGACAGCUACGGAGAUGAGGGAUCCACAUGCCUCUACGAAAAGGGUCAGUGAUACAGAGGCCUUGCUAAGCAAAAUCAGAAAUUUGGAAUCUGGCCUCGCCACGCUUCGGGAGGAAAGGAAUAGGGAAAGGGAGGAACGUCUUGCUGAAAUUCAGGAGCUGAGAGAACUGCGCGCUGAACUAGUACGAGGAGGACGUGGAGCGCCAUUGUCGAAAGAAAGAAUACAGAACUCUAAAUCUACAACGGAGGGGGUUCAACGGACACAGCCUGGAGAAGAACGGCGUCUUCCAAGAGACUCGCGCAAAACUAAAGCCACUUUAUCAGAUAUUCAACGGAUUGAUGUAGACGCUACGAUGAUACCAUCCGCGCAGACACCGUUAGCUUUGCUGCGGCCCCGAACGGGAGGGUCUCGACGGACCCUCGUGUCAGCUAAUGAGGAGAAGUGA